AUGCGCGAGGACAACCGCUCCUCCACAGCUGAGUUCCUCCUCACAGGAUUUGCAGACCACCCAGAGCUGAAGACCCUGCUGUCUGUGGUGUUCUCUGCCAUCUACGUGGUCACCAUGGUGGGGAAUCUUGGUUUGGUGGCGCUGAUUUACACAGAACAUCGUCUUCACACACCAAUGUACAUCUUUCUGGGUAACUUGGCUCUGAUGGAUUCUUGCUGCUCCUGUGCCAUUACCCCCAAGAUGUUACAGAACUUCUUUUCUGAGGACAGAAGGAUUUCUCUCUAUGAAUGUAUGGCCCAAUUUUAUUUUCUCUGCCUUGCUGAAACUACAGACUGCUUUCUUCUGGCGGCAAUGGCCUAUGAUCGCUAUGUGGCCAUAUGCAGCCCACUGCAGUACCACACCAAGAUGUCCAAGAAGCUCUGCAUUCAGAUGACCAUGGGAGCCUACAUCGCUGGAAACCUGCAUCCUAUGAUUGAAGUAGGGUUGCUGCUCAGGUUAACUUUCUGUGGGUCUCAUCAAAUCAAUCACUUUUUCUGUGAUGUUCUUCCCUUAUACAGACUCUCCUGUGUGGACCCUUAUAUCAAUGAAUUAGUGUUACUUGUCUUGGCAGGGUCGAUUCAAGUCUUCACUAUUGCUAUAGUCCUAGUCUCUUACUUCUACAUCCUUUUCACAAUAUUCACAAUGAAAUCCAAAGAAGGAAGAGGCAAAGCCUUAUCUACUUGUGCCUCUCACUUUCUCUCUGUCUCUAUAUUCUAUGGUUCCCUUCUCUUCAUGUAUGCUCAACCAGGUGCAAUUGAUGAAGGGGAUAAAGACAUACCCGUUGCUAUUUUUUAUACCUUAGUAAUUCCUUUAUUAAAUCCUUUUAUUUAUAGUCUAAGAAAUAAGGAAGUAAUCAAUGUUAUGAAAAAAACGUAUGAGAAAGAAAAAGUUUUGUAACAUUUUAGAACAAGUAUCAUCUCCUCUGGCA